AUAUAUAUAACCUCUUCCCUCGUUUACGUGCCAAUACAAGCUCCUCCUCCUUCUCCCCCUCUUCUCUUUCUUUCGCUCUGGCGAUUACACAGGAAGAGACUAGCAGAAAAUGAAGAAUCGGAGCUCUGAAAAAAUCUCCAUUAAGUGGAUUCCCAUUUUCUGCAUCUCUUCCUUCCUUCUCGGCACUCUCAUCACCUGCAGGUCGUGGGCCCCACCGGAAUCCAAUGGUCAGUUCAUGUCCCGGCGUCGACAUGAACAAGAGUUUCAAGCUGUCACCGACGAUUUUACACCUAAAAAGAAACCGGCACCGGAUAGCGAUAUAAUGAAGAGGGUUUACAAAGCCGAGGAAUCCCUUGAAUCCCUAGACAAGCAGAUAUCGCAACUCAAUAUGGAGUUAUCGGCGACUCGGGGUUCUCGGGAAAUGGGGAUCUCCGACGGUUCUACUGCCACCUCUUUGUUGCCCAAUGAGAGGAAGAAAGCUUUCGUGGUUAUUGGAAUCAACACUGCUUUCAGUAGUAGGAAACGGCGUGAUUCGGUCAGAGAGACUUGGAUGCCUCAAGGUGACAAGCUUGUCCAAUUGGAGCGCGAGAAGGGAAUUGUGGUCCGGUUCAUGAUUGGCCACAGUGCAACAUCCAACAGCAUCUUAGAUCGAGCUAUUGAUUCAGAAGAAGAUCAGCAUCAAGACUUUCUUAGGCUGGAGCACAUUGAAGGAUACCAUGAGUUGUCUGCAAAAACUAAAAUUUUCUUUGCCACUGCGGUUGCAAAAUGGGAUUCUGACUUCUAUGUGAAGGUGGAUGAUGAUGUCCAUGUCAAUUUGGGUAUGCUAGCUACAACUCUUGCUCGUCACCGUUCCAAACCCAGAGUCUACAUUGGGUGUAUGAAAUCUGGACCUGUGCUUUCUCGAAAAGAUGUCAAGUAUCAUGAACCAGAGCACUGGAAAUUUGGAGAAGAGGGGAAUAAAUACUUCCGACAUGCAACUGGGCAGAUAUAUGCAAUCUCGAAGGAUCUGGCCACAUACAUCUCCAUCAACCAGCCUAUAUUGCAUCAGUAUGCCAAUGAAGACGUGUCACUUGGUUCAUGGUUUAUUGGUCUUGAAGUUGAGCACAUUGAUGACCACAGUAUGUGCUGUGGGACCCCACCAGAUUGUGAGUGGAAGGCACAGGCUGGUAAUGUAUGUGUUGCUUCAUUUGAUUGGAGCUGUAGCGGAAUCUGCAAGUCAGUGGAGAAGAUAAAGUAUGUUCAUUCGAAGUGUGGUGAAGGGAAUGGAGCUGUAUGGAGCGCUUUAUAGUAAUUCAACUAGAGGGUGAGGGUCUUCCUUAGGCCUACAAGGAUACUCAAAGUUUUCAAUCCCAUUCACCCACAGACUACAGUGUUGGCGGCAGUUUAGAGCAUUAAAGUUGUGCAUAUAUAUUUAUUAUACACAAGUCAAUACCGGCUUCUUGGCCCCGCAAGAGCUGGUCUAUAAGUUUUAUGGAAGCUGGUCAUUCAAACUUCGCUUCUCAGACUCCUAGUCCUGUAAAAGCUGGUGCAUAAGUCAUAUUGAAGCUGUUCAUUCAAACUUGUAGCAGUUCACACGGACGAAUCUGUUCAGCAAAAUUCAAAUUUUAUUUAGAUGUGGGAGAUCUCAAUUCUCCAUUACACUGUACAACAAUUGAAUAUUUUACAAUGUAGUUCUCCCUCCUUUUUGUCUGUUC